GACGACGCUCACCCUCGCGAACCCCCAAAUUUAAUUUAGGGUUUUGCAAUGUCUCUGUUUUGCUUACCCUGUAAUAAUUCCUUAAUUUCACCCUCCCAAUCGUUUACAUCAUCUGCAAUUGGACAUGCCUCGGCUUUCAAACCCUUAUUUCCUUCUCUACCCGUUUUUAGUUUCGAAAAAAUUUCAAACCUUAAGCCGAGUAUUUUAAUUGACCUGUCUCAGAACAAACCUCACUUUGCCAGGUGCUUGGGUUCUUCAGUUGAGCCACAUAAUCAUGCAAAUUAUACUACUAUUAUAUUCCUCAAAGGACUAGCAAAGUCAACCUCAGAGGGAAGAUUGAAGGUGGUAUUUUCACAAUUUGGAGAUGUCAGUCGAGUCAAGAUCCUAACUGAUAAGAAAAGUAAGCAACCGUUGGGGUUUGCAUAUAUCUGGUUUCCCGAUAAUGAAUCCGCACAAUCUGCUGUCCAAGAGAUGAAUGGAAAGUUCUUAGAUGGCAGGUUUAUACAGGUUCAAAUGGCAAAGCCUGGAUCUUGCAAGCCGAAUGUCAAGACAGCACCUUACAAGUUCUAGGCUACUCCAUCUGCUUCUGGCUAGUGUUAGCAACCCGUGUAACGUCAUUAAAGGUUACUCAGGCGUGGAUGAAUCCACGAUUCAGGAGAACCCAAGCAAACCUUGUUGACAAAUGACAAUGACAAGGGGCUAUUCAAUUCUACUGAUAUAUGAACUUGGCUAAUAUUGCUCCUUUGUUGAUAUAGAUUUUAGUUUGUGCUGUGCAUAUGUGUACUCUGUAACUGCUGUAUCUUUUGGCAAUUUGUAAGGGCCGCAGACAUUGAACACAAAAAAGAAAGAGAGGAAAAACUAGUUCAGAACCUCA